AUGAGUCGCAAGAAGGCGAUCCGCAAGAAGGUGACCCUCAAAUACAUCCACAACGACUCGACCCGGCGCGCUAGGUUCAGUAAGCGUCUCGGAGGGCUGACGAAGAAGGCAGCUGAGCUCGCCACCCUGUGCGACGUCAAGACCUGCGUGGUGGUGUACGGCGAGGAUGAGGCGGAGCCUAAGGUAUUCCCUUCCCACGAUAAGGCGAUGAGUAUACUGAAUGAAUUCAAGAGCAUGCCGGAGCUGGGACAUUGCAAGAAGACGAUGGACCAGGAGGCCUUCCUCAACCAGCGCAUCGCCAAGCUCCGAGACCAGGUCGUCAAGGCUCGUCGCGAGUGCCAGGACAGCGAGAUGAGGUACCUCCUUUACAACAUCAUGCACGGCAACCACCCUGGCCUCGUUGAUCUCAGCGUCGAGGAGCUCGCCCGCGUUGGUUGGAAGGUGGAGGAGCUUCUCAAGAGCCUCGGCGAACGCAUGGCAAAAAUUCAGGUCCAGGUGCCGCCGCCAGCUCCAUGCAUCAGCACUGGCAGCACAGACAUGGGGUCUCCGUCGCACUAUCUAGCGUCACCGCAGCAGCAGCAGGGCUAUCAUGACAUAAUGAGCUCCGGAGGGGACAUCGGUACCCAGGUGUACGGUGGCGACGCCAGCCACAACGGCGCCGGCUUCUCCGGCGGUGCUAUGAUGAUGCAGAUGCAGUCCUCCCAUCUGGUGUUCAGUUCGAGUCCUUUACAUCCCAUUUAA